CGAGGGGGGCACCCUUGGGCACGGCACUGGAUUACUCAUCACCACGCACCCUCCACAGCCCAAAACAGCCCUCCAAAGACUCACUUCAAACUAAAGGAAAUCCUGGGAUACAGCCUCACAGACAGCCCAACAGAAAGGCAGUGAACCAGCGCAGACUCAAGGGUGGCAAAACAUACCAAGGCAGCCCACGCAGACGGCGGAGCGUAAAACCUAACCCGGCCGCGACCACAACAUCACUAACUCGAACCGGCAGCAGCCAGUGUCCACGCCGACCCACAAAAAUCCCAACCGGGAACACACGCUACUCUCAGGGCGAACCGGAGCCCAGCACUGAACAACUGACAGUGCGAGGGGAGCACAACCACCCACAACGGGGCAUCGGAUGA